UUAGAUCUACUUCCAAGCAGUAGUUGGAGUAAAUAAUAUAGCAAGUGUUGCUAUUGAUGACGUCAGCAUGACAUCAGACCAGUGCUUAUUUAGCCCGACAACUGCAAAACCUAAAGAUGUCAUUACUGAAGGUUCCGGAAGUUGCACUUUUGAUGACAAUUUGUGCAGUUAUCAGAACYUGAACUCUGACGAUUUUGACUGGCAAGGAAUGAAUGCAAAGUCAUUAACAAGUACGUCAGGCCCUAGAAAAGACCAUACUACAAGCCUUGGCAGAUACRUGUACGCAGAAGGCUCAACACGAGGUAGUAAGGCUCGCCUUGUUAGUCCAACUCUCUACAAUAUUUCGUGUGUUACCUUUUACUACUACAUGUUUGGGUCCCAACUCGGUACACUUAACGUGUACUUGAAGGUGCAAGGGAACUACACACGGCUAGAACAAUUAACUGGCAACCAAGGUAACAAAUGGUACAAAUCACAAAUUUUCCUUGGCCAAGACGCUUUGAACAGAACMUCUAAUCUUGUUUUCGAGGCUGUCAAUGGAAAUGCGUAUUCUGGUGGAAUCGCAAUUGACGACAUUUCUGUCUACAAUUCCUCUUGUUUGCCAAAUCCUUCCUCUGGUCCUAAUAUCAAACCUACAGGAAUACCAGCUUGGAAAGAUGGCUCACUUCGCCUUGUCAAUGGACAAACAAACUACGAAGGUCGAGUCGAGGUUUUUCACAACGGCGUUUGGGGUACUGUUUGUGAUGACUUAUGGGACAUAACUGAUGCUAAUGUUGUCUGUAAAAUACUCGGCUUCCCUGGAGCUGUAAGGACUACCAAAUCCCAAGUCUAUGGAAGAGGAGUUGGUACAAUAUGGCUGGAUGACGUAAACUGUAAAGGAAGUGAGACUUCGAUUGUUCAAUGUAGUCACGGUGGAUGGGGUAACAAUAACUGCGAUCAUUACGAGGAUGCCGGUGUUGUCUGUCAACUAGAUCACAAAACGAUAGCUACCGCAGACGGACAGUGUACCUUCGAGUACGGCACAUGUGGAUAUCAGAAUGGAGACCGAACUAACAGUGAAUUUGAUUGGACGAGGAACAGAGGACCGACACCUUCUUCAGGCACUGGACCACAUGAUGACCAAAGCGGAAGAGGUUACUAURUGUACACCGAGGUUUCUACAGGCRAUACAGGAGCAAGAGCAAAACUAAUAAGUCCUGUGAUUCCAGCAAAUACCAAGUGCAUCUCUUUCUAUUACCAUAUGAGGGGCAUUGAUAUUGGGUGGCUCAAUGUGUACAGUAARAGAGAAACUYCUCRAUCUAUUGUUAAGCUAUGGACAUUAAGUGGAGAACAAGGAAACUCGUGGAUCCAAGGACAAGUCCCGAUCAAUGUUACUGGUGAUGAGGGAUUAAAGGUUAUCUUUGAAGGAGUUCGUGGAAAUUCUGAAAGAGGAGAUAUUGCCAUAGAUACCAUUACCGUGUCCAACAAAACUUGUAACAUGACACCUAGCACAGCAACGUCACCACCCAAGAUUUAUGGUWAGCAAAAUUAUGUUUUUUAG